CCCUCCUCGCUGGCAAUGGUUUCGCUCCCUCUGUCUCUCGCUUCAGGCGGCCUUUCUUUCCCGCGCUUUUUCAUUCGGACAGGAAGCGGCGCUGCUGCCUUGGCCUCUUCGCCGGCCUCUAGGGGCGGAGGAGGAGGAGGAGGAGAAGAAGAAGGAGGCGGCGGUGGCAGGAGCCGGGCCAUGGCCACCUCCGAGGCGGCGCGGGCCUGCUUGGCCUCAUUCCUGAGGGACUUCCCGAGACCGCUGGGCCCCGACGAGGCCUUGCCCUGGAGGCCCCCGGGACGAGGAGGCGCUGCCCUCCGCCAGGCUGAAGCCCCCGCCGAGCUGGCGGAGUCGGGCAGGGCCUUCCUGGGCAGCAGGAAUGCACCACCUCUCCUUGCAGCAUCUUUGAUUCAUGCAGCAAUCAGUGAUCUGCUACUGGCUGAUCUUAAUGAAUUUCAAAAGCACAGUGUUGAAGAAGAGGAAGCUGGAGACCACGGGGCAUCGCCUUUGCUGGAUGGAGGCCCUUUGCAGCGCUAUUUCUUUAACAAACUCUGGGAUGUUUGUGUCAAAUGGCAGAAGCAGCUGCCAAGCCUGAAGCCCCUUGAACGUUACCUCCAGAUUUCUGUCCACGCGACUCGUAAUAGCCGCCGAAAAAUGGAGGACAGACACGUUUGUCUCCCAGAAUUUAACCAGCUUUUUGGCAUGACGGAUAACAUAGACCGGGCAUACUUUGCUGUGUUUGAUGGCCAUGGCGGAAUCGAUGCUGCUAACUAUGCGGCUACCCAUUUGCAUGUCAAUGUGGCAAACCACAAGGAUUUCCUGACAAAUCCAGGGAAGGCCUUAAGAGAAUCAUUUGAAAAAACAGAUGAAAUGUUUCUUUCAAAAGCCAGAAGGGAGAAGCUGCGCAGUGGCAGCACUGGUGUGUCUGCCUUGAUUGUCGACAACAAGUUACAUAUCGCUUGGCUGGGGGACUCCCAGGUUAUGUUGGUCCAGCAAGGGAAAACAGUAACCCUAAUGGAACCUCACAAACCAGAGAGAGAGGACGAAAGACAACGCAUUGAAGCUCUAGGAGGCUGUGUCACCUACAUGGACUGCUGGCGCGUCAAUGGGACCCUGGCUGUUUCUAGAGCUAUUGGUGACCUGCUCCAAAAGCCUUAUAUUUCUGGCUGUGCAGAUGGUGCAUCCACUGAGCUGACAGGGGCUGAAGAUUAUGUGCUUCUGGCUUGCGAUGGGUUUUUCGAUGCCAUCCAGCCUUUUGAGGUUGUGGACCACGUUCUCGAGCACUUGAUGCAAAGCAAAGGGGAUGGCCUCAAGACCGCCGAGAGCUUGGUCGCAGCAGCCAAGGAGAGUGGAUCCACCGACAACAUCACCGUCUUGGUGGCCUUUCUAAGAGAACCCAAAGAGAUUAUGGCUGAUUGCCUCAGGGACCCCAAGAGCUGCCUUGCUGACGACAGUGCCGCAGGGCCCCUCUUCAACAUUUUCAGUUCUGAAACGAACAAUUGAAAGCAGGACUGUCCGAUCUGCCAAAAGCCCAACAUCCAAAUAUAAGCAAGUUUGAAAAGAAAACCAGAAGUCUAUAUAACACCUGGAAACCAAAACAACUAUGGAGUGGACAAAGUACCAGAAAUCAAGUGUCCUGACCUUUUGAAACUGGGAUUCUUCUAUAAAACAGGCUUGUAACACUUCAGACAUGAUGAGAUGACUGGCUAUUUCUCCCUGCUAAGAAAAGGGCUAUUUUGUCUAAAAGCCAUUAUUUAAAGGCAAAGGGAGAGCUAUGGCCUCAGAUUCUUUUUGCCUUUUCAAUAUGGAUAUUGGUUGGGAUCUUUUUUUUUAACGGAGACACAGUUUGAAGCAGAGCUAUAUUACAAGUAAUACAGUCCCAGGUCCAGAAAUUUAGUUGCAGUUUUUGAAAGUAACUCGAUGUCUUAAAAGCAAUGCAACAUGUUGCUUUUUAGUGACUUUGUGAAAGCUUUUGAAGGAUGCAAAGUCGCUGGUGUAUGGAACAAUACACACUUUGUUCCAUCUGCCUGCUUGCUGCCUCAAUGUGCACAACGGAGCAAAA